AUGUAUAAAGCUCUGCGCCCUGCUGCCGGGGCUGGUGCAUCAGGUUGUGUGCUCGCCAACCGCCUAAGUGAAGACUCAGGCAUCUCUAUCCUCGUAUUGGAGGCAGGUGAAGACCACAAUCAGGAUGAGCGUGUUUACUGUCCCGCCCUCCAAGACAAGAUCUUGGCCAAUCCGGACUUUGACUGGCGAUAUGACACCGAGCCUCAACAGCAUAUCAAUGGCCGAGUCAUCAGACAUCCGAGAGGAAAGGUACUCGGCGGCUCAAGUGCCAUCAACUCUUUCGCGCUCAUCUAUCCUUCAGCUGCUGGUCUGGACGCAUGGGCCGAUCUAGGCAAUAGAGGCUGGGACUGGGAGAGCAUGAAGCCAUACUAUCGUAAAUUUCAGACGGUCUGUCCGCCUAGCAAGCACGCUAGGCAGGAAUUGAGUAUCAUCCACGACGAUGAUAGCAUACGGACGACGGAUGGUCCCAUUCAAGCUUCCUUCCCGCUCAACGUCUUGCCGAUGCAAAAGGUCUGGAUUGAGACUUUCCGGAGACUGGGUCUGGAGAACGAGGCGGAGGCAUUAGAUGGCUCGGCGCUCGGUGGGUACAUCUCUACGAACCACAUCACUGAAAAAUCGAGGGAGAGGAGUCAUGGUGGUGUUGCAUACUUUGACCCUGCCCGUGAAAGGCCUGGCCUGCAGCUCAUUACUGGCGCAACGGUCAAGCGCAUAGUCUUCGAUGCGUCGACUCAUCAACCGACUGUUGCUUCACGGGUGGAAUACAUACAAAACGGCAAGAUUCAUCAAGUCUGCGUACGGAAAGAUGUUGUCCUAGCAGCUGGAGUCUUCGCAUCGCCGCAAAUUCUGGAGCUUUCGGGCAUCGGCAAUCCAGAGCUGCUACGCAAACAUGACAUCGAUGUGCUGCACGCCAAUCCAAACGUCGGCGAGAACUUACAAGACCACAUGAGGCCAGGAAUAUCUUACGAAGCAGCAGAGGAUGUGAAUCCACGAUAUCCAGUACCGCGUGAAGAGGCACGAAGGCUGUAUGAGGAAAGCCGCAGCGGCCCAUGGGCGGACCAAGCGUGCUAUACGUUUGCCUACAUGCCUCUGCAGCAAUUCCUUUCGGACCGCGAGAAAGCAGAGUUGACAGACUUGCUCGAUCACACAUUGGGCGACCCUUCGCUAUCUCAAUUCGAGCAGAAGCGCAAUAGCUUCAUCAGACGCAUGAUAGAAUCACCUUCCGAAGCGACCGUGACAGCCUACCUGGCACGUAAAGCGGCUACACCCGACAACGAGAAUCGAAGUUGGAUCUCCAUCUUCGGCAUGCUCUCACACCCUUUCUCACGAGGCCACUCUCAUAUCAGGUCUGCCGAUCCGACGAGCAAGCCGACGAUCGAUCCGGGGUACUAUACACAUCCGCUGGACAUGGAGAUCCAUGCCCGGCACCUACAAGCAAUGGAGAAACUAGUCAAUACCGAGCCGCUGGCUUCGAAGAUCAAGAGAGGUGGUGCGCGGCUGCCUGAAGGCCAUGAUGCAUCUACAAUUGAGAAGGCGAAAGCGUUACUCCAGCAGACUUCCACGACAAAUUACCACCCUUGUGGUACUUGCAGUAUGAUGCCUGAGAGUAUGGGCGGUGUUGUGGACGAUAGACUGAGGGCGUAUGGAACAAGAAACGUGCGUGUUGUGGACGCGAGUAUUAUGCCGAUUAUUCCGAGAGGGAAUAUUAUCACGACUGUGUAUGCGGUGGCGGAGAAAGCUGCUGAUAUCAUUAGUCGGGAUCUUGGGUUGAAGAGAACGACAUGA